UCAUAUUUAUGAAAAUAGAACUCAUGAUAAUUAUAUAUUAUAUUUAAUAAUCAUUUAAAUAUUGUUUGCAUAUUAACAAACAUAAAAUUCAAAGUCCAACAUGAUUAAAAAAUGAUGCAAAUGAGUGGAGAGGGUAACCUUAGACUACGCAAUAUGUCAUGGCAGUCAUGGCCAUGUAAUAAUGAUCAGAAAAAAGGACUGUGAGCGGGAGGGGAAUUUUAUUUACAAGAUAUUGAAUAUUGAUAUUCACUUUUUUAUAAGGAGAUUUAUUAUUAAUUAUGAAAUAGCUAUUUUAUUAACAAUUUAAGAACAGUUGAUAUUAUUAUAGUUUCUAAAAAAGUAAUGUCAGAACAAAAAGUUUUUGUAACAGUCGGUACAACAAGCUUUGAUGAUUUGAUUUCAACAAUAUUAAAUCCUGAAGUACUUGAGGCUUUAGCUUUGAGAGGUUAUAAUUAUUUAUCUCUGCAAAUAGGUAAAAGUUCUUUAGAGCCUGAUUGCACAUCUCGAUGUGGUAUCAAUCAUAUUGAAUAUUUUCAUUUAAGUUCAUCUAUUCAGGACUAUAUACAGGCAGCUGACUUAGUAAUAAGUCAUGCUGGAGCAGGAAGUAUUCUAGAAGCUUUGGAAGCUCAUAAACAAUUAAUUGUAGUUACUAAUCAGUUACUCAUGGACAAUCAUCAGUUAGAAUUAGCACGACAAUUGUAUGAAGAUAAGCAUUUGUAUUAUUGCACUUGUGAUACUUUAUUGAAUACUAUUCAAACAAUGGAAUUACAUGUAUUAAAACCAUUUAUAUCUGAUGAAAGUAAAAAUAUCAUUAAUUAUUUAGAUCGUAUCAUGGGUUUUAAGUAAAAUAAAUAUGAUUUAUAUGGUUACAAUCAAAAACUAAAAUAUUUUUAACAUAUAUAUGCUUUUGAAGUUCAUAAAAUUAUAGAAACAAUAAAUUAAAUAAGGUAAAAUAUAUAUAAAUGAUACAUUUUACCUUAUUUAAUUCCUUGGAACAAUAAUAUUCAAUAACUUUAUAUUCUCUUUUGUAUUGUACAAAUUCUCUUUUGUAUCAGUACAAUAAGUUAUCAUCAUCACAAAAACAUUAAAAUUGAAUAAACAUUGAUUACACAUAAGUAUAUAAGUGCAAGGUUAAUAGUAUAAGGUAUAGUGAGAAUAAGAGAAUCAUAUAUUAUAUUUAUGUUGAAGUACAUAUAAAUAAUAUAGAAUAGAUAAACUUUAUAUUUAAUAACAAUAUAAAAAAUAAUAUACUUAACAAGCGUGGCUUAAAAUGUUUAUUUAGAUAUAAAGACAACUUUCUCAUUUCAUCUAAAAGUAAAUUAUAGAAGAUAUUAUGGCAGUCAACUUUGUUAAAUUUGUUCAAUCAGAAUCAUUUAGUUACCUCUGAUUAGUUACUUAAACGCUAAAUCUGU